AUGUCUCAGUUCGAGCCUAAUGCCAUUCUGCGGGGAGCCCAGCUUACCGUUGUUGGGACACUCCGAAUACUGCGCAACCCUAAUCUAUUUAAGCAUGACCACUUCCGUCAAGCUGCUCUGGCCGUCGUUGUCGGGGUGGUGAUUCACCUAAUCUUACAAAUUCCAAUGAUUAUAAUAAAACUAGCGCUUCAGAUAGCUUCGGUCGUGGUCGAUUUGGACUCUGCAACCUGGGAUGACAAGCUCAUUGGAGGACUGAACUUCAUAUCGAACUCUGUGCUUCAAGUGCCAUUCCUACUCAUGACCCUCAUGCGAUACAUUACGCCUACAUUAGACGACAUCUUUCUUCUAUCCCUCGAAUGGGUUGAUGCCACCUACGUCGAAAAGCAUAAAACUGAUGAUCCUCGAAACACUAGAGCCAUGUACUACCCGAACCUUGUCAAAUAUCCGACCAGGCAAAAAGGCGCCCCCUCGAAACCACAGAAGCCAAUAAAUGCCGCAUUAAUGGCUUUUUUGAACCGAUACGCUCGUAGAGUUGGGAUGUGGCUGGGCAUCUACAUUUUGUCGUUGCUACCGGUGGUUGGACGAUUUGUUAUGCCUGCUGCUAGUUUCUACAGCGUCAGGAAAUCUAUCGGCACGACACCAGCAGCGGUCAUAUUUGGAUCGGGUUUAGUAUUGCCAAAGCGAUACAUCGUUUUCUUUUUGCAUACCUAUUUUGCCUCGCGAAGCUUGAUGCGCGAACUUCUUGACCCCUAUUUCUCUCGUAUCAAAUUCGACAAGGACCAAAAACGACGAUGGUUCCUUGACCGCGAGGGGGUUCUCUUCGGCUUUGCUUUUGCUUUCACCAUCGUGCUCAAGACACCAUUUGUCGGCGUGCUCAUGUACGGCAUUGCGCAAGCGUCCACAGCAUACCUAGUCACAAAGAUCACCGAUCCUCCUCCACCUCCUGAACGUAGUGAGGGGUUCGCCGAGAAACAAAUCACCUGGGAGAAUAAGCACGACUUUUUGCAACUUUCCGUCGACACUCUGGACAGAAUUAAUGUGAGUUCUGUUGAUAAGACCCAAGCCAAGAGCACCGGCGCGGAUGUAUCUCCAAGCACUGGAAAGAACUAUUCGUGA